AUGCUACCUCCAUAUUUACAAUGCCAGGCAGGCCAUUUAGUUUGUGGAAAUUGUCGUCCAAAAGUCUCGGCGUGCCCUACUUGUAGAGGCCCAGUCCCGCACAUUAGAAAUUUGGGAAUGGAAAAAAUUGCAACAAAUCUUCAAUUUCCUUGUAAAUUUGCACAUUCUGGUUGUAAUCAAUUCUUUUUCCAUCAAGAAAAAGUUGAACAUGAAGAAAUUUGUGAAUUUCGUCCAUAUCAAUGCCCAUGCCCUGGUGCUUCUUGUAAAUGGCAGGGAGGAUUGAACGAUGUUAUGGGACAUUUAAUGAAAUUGCAUAAAUCUAUUACUACACUUCAAGGAGAGGAUAUUGUUUUUCUUGCAACUGAUAUUAAUUUGCCUGGAGCUGUUGACUGGGUUAUGAUGCAGUCUUGUUACAAUGCCUAUUUUAUGUUAGUUUUGGAAAAGCAGGACAAACAAGAACAAGGAGGAACAAGUUAUCAAAUGUUUUAUGCUGUAGUACAAUUAAUUGGAACUAAAAAAGAAGCUGAAAAUUUUGUUUACAAGUUAGAACUUUCAAAUAAUAGAAGGCGUUUAUUUUGGGAGGCCAGUCCAAGAAGUAUUCAUGAAGGAGUUGCAGCAGCUAUUGCCCAAUCAGAUUGUUUAGCUUUUGAUACAAGCCAUGCAAAUUUUUUUGCAGAAAAUGGAAAUUUGGGAAUUAAUGUAACAAUUCAACGAGUUGAUGGUGGAAUGAGCCUGAAUCGUUGA